CUGCGCUGGAGGCCCCGAGGGAGGCACCUGGGCGCAGAGCGCGGUCCGCCGCAGUCCCGUGGCCGCUCGCAGCCAGCAAUACCGAGCUACAGACCAAGGGAGACACACGCACACGUACAGGAGGAAGAGGCAUCAGCUCCGCGGCCGCUCUGGCGACCUGCCGGCCUUCCGCUGCCCCAUGGCUAGGGGCGCUUUCGCGGCUGGUCAGGGGCUCGCGGUGCCUCUGGGGGGAGGCACCGACUCCCGAUUUCCCCGCAGCAGCCCGGGCGAGCUGAGGAGAGUGCAGAAAUGUCUCACUUUGAAAAUAAAGGACUAAUACUGGGCGUAAUGGCAGGGACUGCUGGAAUAAGCCUGUUCCUCGUUUGGUACCAUAAGAUGCGAAAACCCGGCGCAGCUGUUAGUACACCUGCACUGCUAGCUGUGGACAAAGGGUUUAAUCCUGUAGGCUUGCAAAAUGAAGCUCAUAGCGAGCAGGGAGGUGUGCUGGUUUUACACAGAAGACAACUUCAGAUACUAGAAAAACUGAACGGCUUGCUGGUCAGUGUGGACGAGCUGAAGAGGGAGGUGAAGUUCCUUAAAGAAGCUAUUCCAAAGCUGGAAGAGCUUGUCCGAGCGGAGCUGCAAGGGAAGGGGGAUGUUCAGAGAGUUAGCCCCUCGCACAGGGCAACCAGGCGGAGAAAAGCGGAGGCAGCUCCUGGCGCAGCGGAAACUACCAGCUCUGAGGAGGCAGAAAGUGAAGGAGGUUAUAUUACAGCUCAUACUGAUACCGAAGGAGAGUCUGAGGAGGAAAAGGAAUGGAUGAAAUCGCCUUAUGUUGUUGUGAGAUUGGAAGAAGAAAAAGAGUUAUUUAACCUUUUACAGCGGGUGGACAGUUUGCACAAGGGUUCAGAGGAUGAUAAAAAGGAGAGUUUCAGACUGCUACUUGAGAAGGAGGACAAGUAUGAAAACUGUGCAGGCUUUCUUUGGAGAGUUGCUCGUGCUUAUGGAGAUCUGUUUGAGAUGACGACAGAUGCUGAGGAAAAGAAAAAGUAUGUUACUGAUGGAAAGAUUAAAGCUGAAAAGGCCAUCCAGCUGGAUGCCAGGAAUGCAGAGAGUCAUCAGUGGUUUGCAAUUAUGUGUGGCUAUAUGUCUCAAUUUGAAAGUGUACAAAACAAAAUCAGGAAUGGCUAUCUCUUUAAGGAGCACCUAGACAAAGCAAUUGAACUUAAGCCUCAAGAUCCUUUUUUAUAUUACCUAAAUGGAAGAUGGUGCUAUUCAGUAGCUCAGUUGUCUUGGAUUGAAAAGAAAGUAGCUGCUGCUCUUUUUGGGGCUCCACCAACUUCAACAGUAGAAGAAGCAUUGCAGAAUUUCCUUAAGGCAGAAGAAAUGUGUCCAGGAUAUUCCAAGUCAAAUUAUGUGUAUUUGGCAAAGUGCUAUAACGAUCUUGGCCAGAAAAACAACGCACUGAAGUACUGUGAUUCUGCCCUGUCAGUUCUCUCAGUUACUAAUGAGGAUAAAGAGGCCCAGAAAGACUUAGAGGCUUUACUUCUCACACUGAAGCUGUGAUACUAUGCACUUUUAACUCUUCAUGCUGUGAUAAAAUUGCAGAAUCAAAAUGAGAAUCUGUAUCCACUGGGCACUGCAGGUAAAUUCCAGCUAAGCCGGUGGGAAAUCUGUCAUUGAUUUCAGUGAGUUUGGAUCAUGGCCUUUAAGUACCUGGCAAUUAUGGUAUGAAAAUGAUGCAUUAAUUUCUCUGAAUAUUUAUAAUUCUUGCAUUUAAGUUUAAUUUUAGAUUGUUGACACUGUGAGUUCGAUUCUCUGAACAUGAAGUCCACUGCUGGCAAUGGACAUACCAGGGGUCAGAGCGCAAAUUGCAUAAAUCUUACUAUUUGAAAGAUUAACCAACUAAAAUGUGAUGCCAGCAUAGAACUACAUAUAGCAAAAACAAAAAAAAUUGUACUUUUUAUUUCUAUAGUAAAUUAUAUUUGUAUCAACUGAUCUGCACAAAUGUAUGCAAAGGGAAAUCAUGAAUGUUUUGUUUACACAUUUACUCUUAAAAAAUUAGAAUCUUGCUGAAGUUAAAGAAGAAGAUGUUGCCUCCACAAAGCUCUUUUUACUUUAAAUCUACUGUUGAUUUUACAUGGAAAUAUGAAAACUUUAUAAAUUAAAUACCGAAGUUAUAUUUUAUGUUAUUUGUAACCUCGACAAGUAAAAUAUUAAAAAUAAGACCAAUGAUAUUAAGUGUUUUGGGCAAGUCUGUUACAGUUGUGAUUUUUAAUGAUUUUUUUUGUGAGACCUCCAUGAAAUUUAUGAAUCCUGGCUAUUUCACUUUGAACAAUUGCCUACUGUGGUGGUGUUACUGUUCUGAGGACUUUCUCCAGCAUGUGACUACCUUUAACCUUUUAUCUUUUCUGUAUAACAUAACCUGACAUAAAAAUAGAAUAAUUAAAGACCUACUACUUCUGUCUGA